AUGACUGAAAACGACGCUGAAAUUAUGGAUAACACCAAUGGAAACCAGGAAGACGAAUUCAGCGCACUCACUCCUCCCGUCAUGAUUCACAAGAGCCUAUUUGGUAACAGCGCGUCGCGGCUUCGGGAAGCACAACGCGAUGAAAUGGCCGAGAAGACGAAAGAGCUGAAUGACUCGAAGAACAGCGGUUCUCUGGGAGAACAAGCGGCCGAUGAGAGCUCAAGUUUCGACAAAGAAGGAUCGCCUGCGCCCGAAGAUGAGCCGAUGCCUCAACAGAAUGAUCACUCGAUGGAGGAGAGCGCGUCGGCGAUCGAGAAAGAUGAGGAAUCAAAUGCAGCCGAAGAGAUCGAUGAUGGAGAGGAAAGCGACGAUGAGGCUGAAGAAACAUCGACUGCUGAGGAGCCAAAAUCACUCGCUGAUGAAUUAGGCGAGCUUCAGAACGACAAAGUGGCCGAAGAAGAUGAUGUCGAAAAGGAGUCGACCGGCGAACAAGUCGAUGAAAGCGACGAUUCGGCACUCGUUGAAGAAAAAGAACUGGUCAAUGAGGACGAAACGAAGGCGGACUCUCCCAAACCUGUUAUAGAUGAUGAUGAUGAUGAUGAUGAGGAGGAGGAGGAGGAGGACAAAAUGGAGGAGCAAGGCGAGGAACAGAAAGUUGCCAUCAAGGAGACGCCAAAGACGCCAAAGGUCGAGGCUGCUAGCUCGGCGCGUUCUAGCGCCCGUCGAAGUACUCGUCAGAAGGAUGACUCUAAGCCGGUUGAAGAGACGACUCCUUUGACUUCUACCAAGCGUGCUUCCAGAGGACGUGGUGCUGCAGCUGCUGAGACACCAAAGACGACAGAGAAAGCAACACCUGUGCCAAAAACAGCUCGCAGAUCGGCCAAGAAAGAGAAGGACGAGACGGAGACUGAAGUGGAAGAAGCCAAGAUUGAGCCACUGACGGAAACGCCUAAGCGAGGAAAGAAAGCCGAACCCACGCCUAAAAAAGAAAAGCAGGAAGAAGCAGAGGAAACUCCUUCACGGACUCUUCGCAAACGUGCAAGCACGCUUCCAGAGAAAGCAGAGACACCACGCAAUACGCCAAGAGGAAAGAAAGCUAGCCGAACUCCUGCAACCGCUAAAACGGAGAAAGAGGAACCGGGGGAAGAAGCCGAAGAGAAGAUUGCGGAGCCGAAGUCACAACAAAGAACGCCAAGGAGUCGGAAAAGCGUUGCGACUACAAGCAAGACCGAGUCGGCAAAGAAAGACAAGGAACAGGAUCCAUUUGACUUCGAUGAGAUGGCGGACAAGCAUCCUGAGCCUCUGAAGAAUAUUCAGGUUGAAGUGCAAAACUUCGGCGCGGUGCGCUUCUCAAAGGUUGGAUCCGGAAAAUACUCGAAUACGGAGAAAGCGGCUGAGGGACGCGUGGGAAUUUCGACUCCAACUCCCGAGAAGAGCUCGACAACUCGCGUCAGCCUGAUGGAUCUCUCGCGCAAAGAAGCUGAAUUGGCCACUCAAGCAACGCCUCGUUCUGCACCAUCGCGACGCAAGAAGGUGGAUGACGAAGAAGAAAUGGAUUACGAGAUUUCGACUCAAAAAGCUGCCCUCAGCAAGUCAGCUCCGGCGCCAAAGGGUCGAAAGCGACGCUCUUCUCCAGCCACUGUUACACCAAAGAAGCCGAAGGUCGAAGUCCCAAUUCUUUCAAAAGCUGAACAAAUUGCCGUUGAUUGGCGAAACGAUGAUCUCGAUCGCGGAGUGUUGCCUGGGGCUCGUGUCUACGCUCUCUACGACAAAGUCUUCUAUCCUGCUAUCGUUAUCAGUGUCAGUGGUUUUGGCCGCAUUCAAGUGCAAUUCGUCCAAGAUCAACUCACCAAGGAACUUCCCGAAUCGGCUGUGAUUCCAGUUGUACAAUUGUCUAACGAGCGAUUGGCUGUCGUGCAAACAGAGAAAGCCGACGUGAGAGUGGUGGUUGUUGAUCCACCUACAAAGGAGACUCUGUUUGAGUGCGUCUUCCAUCUUCGCUCAAUUGAUGAUGGUCCAAAUGAAGCACCAAAGGAUUACCACAUGUCCUGGGAUAAGCUGAUCCUUGAUCAUGAUGACUGGACGGAUUACAUCAAACUUAAGGAUACGCAGGCCACUGAAGUGAAAACUGCUAACAUCGAGGACGGUAAGACUAAGCUUACUCGCAGUGCUCGACACAACUCAGCUUCAACGACUCCUGUUGUUGCAAAGUCAAAGGCACCAGCAAAGGCCAAAACGCCAAAAACAGAAGCAACUCCCAAAGUUGAGACGUCAACAAAGCCAGCCAAGGAAGCGGUCAAGGAGAAAACCGGCAACUCCAAGUUCUUCAGCGGCUAUGCCUUCUUGUUGACGUCAGCAAAUCGCCCAGCACCAGACAAUCAAAUUCCAUUCAAGAAGAACGAGUUGAAGCAACGCAUACAACAGCGAGGAGGGAAAAUCAUUGAGUCAGUCACGGAAACCACUGAGGCCAUGCCAAUCCUCAUUUCUGAUACCUACUACCGCACGAUGAAAUACUUGGCUGCGCUUGCAUCGGAUGUCCCCUGUGUUUCGCACGAGUGGGUGCAUGAAUGCGUCAAGCAGGAAACCUUUUUGGACUUCGGCGACUACCAUCUCCAAGCCGGUGCUUCAAUCGUCGAUGAAAAGAUCCAUGCGUGCAAGAAGCUCAAAGGCCAGCUGUUGAAAGGAAAACGAGUUUGCAUUUACUCUUUACAGGAAAAGGCUGGACCAAACCUUACGUUCUCGGAGAUUUGGCAGCCGAUCGUCGUGUCAUUGGGUGCCGAAGUGGUUAAGUACAGUGAUGCCGACGGAAAUCUCGACUAUUUCAUCACGGAUCCUUCCUGCCAUGUGGACACUGCUAAAGAAGCAAUGGAUCAAGGAGCACUGGUGCUCUCCUCUGAAUGGCUCAUUCAGACAAUCAUCAUGGGCGAACCUCAACAUCCAGAUGCUCAUGCACGAUUCGCAUACAACUAUUCGGGCAAUCAA